CCAUGCUGCCAGUCUCUGCUGUGCCGAUCGGAAUGCCACAUGUGUGGGUAAAGGUUGGAUGUCAGAGCGCGUUCAGGAGAAGUGUUACUGCGAUCAGGCUUGCAGAAGGACUCUGGACUGCUGUUAUGAUUAUCACCUCACCUGCCCAGAUGUAUCUUGUGAAGUGAGUGAGUGGAGUGCGUGGUCAGGCUGUUCAGAGCCAUGUAAGGUCUCUGUGCGUGUGAGGCAGCGGUCAGUGCUACAGAAGCCAGAGAAUGGAGGUAAACCGUGUCCUCCACUUCAGCAAACAGCAGGCUGUGCAGAGUAUCAUCAUCAUCAGCAUGGACACUGCCUUAAAUCCCUGGUACCUGCGCUCAUAACUUCUGGGGGCUAUGGCAGUGCCCGCAAGAAGAGAGAAGUUACUAAUACAAGUGAUGCCACGGGCUACUGUGUAGAGUUCGAUCUCAUCUCAGUGACCGUGGCUUGCCACCACAGUACUGGCCCUCACACACAGUGGAUGCUGUACCUACGUGAGGGACACAGGGUCUGUAUGGAAUGUCAGUCGCCAGCUCUGGCAGCAAACCAGAAGCACUGUACUGGAGAUGGAGAGAAUGUGGAGCAAGACAGAAGCAUGUCUCUGCAGUGGCAGGCCAUGGGUAACCCGCAGUGCAGAGGGCUUUGGAGACGCAUUCGCCGCCAACAUUUCUGCUCUUGCCCCACUGUACACAGCUUUCUCUUCAUUUAACACACAGAAGCAGUACCCAGCAGUUACAUACUUACCACAUAUAAGUUGUAAAGCACCAUCCUGUGGUAGGCCAACUAAUCAUCAUUUAUUUGAUUUUAAGAACUGCAUUGUAAUUGCCAGAGUUAAACUGGGUUCAGGUAACAGGUAGGAAUACACACUGGACAAUGCAAAGGCAUAUCAUCAUUCACUUAUCCAGACCUGAGAGAGCUUAGAGUAGCCAAAUUAAUAGGUAACAUAGCAUUAAUAGGUAGCAUAAUUGGUAAGCACAAUGCUUUUGGUGGUGCAUUGUAAGACUAAUUUACUGUAAACCUCACCGUAAACCCUACUUGUUCUGCAGGCUAUAGGAACAAAAUUACACAAUUAAAGCAAAGAGCUGUGUAAUCCACACCACUUCUAGUUCACUUGUGUAACAAUAAAUCACUAUUGGUUUAUUUUCAUUAACCACCUCAUGCUAAUCAGGCUGGCGAUGUGCUCGGUACCACCCAGAAACAAUGGCUGCAAGCCAAAAAUAGAUCCUGAAAAGGGUCUAAUGCAAACUGACACUUACCCACACGUUAACUUAAUUACUGGCUCACACCUGGAGGCAAUUUAAAGCAGCCAAGCCACCUACUGUGUGUUUUUGCGAAGUGAAACCCCAUGUAUAUACAGGACUUGAAAUUAGAUGUCCAGCAAGCUAAUGGUCAAUUGGACUGGCACAGUAGCUGAUUUAAUUCAAUUUGAUUUCUAUGUGGAGCGGUUCUGUGUGGCUUUCCUCCAGGAGCUCCUGUUUCCUUCCACAGUCCAAAGACAUACUAGUGAGGUGAACUGAUACGAAAUUGCCCAUGACUGUGUUUCAGAUUGAACUUAAACUGAUGAAUCAUGUGUAACCUCUAACUACCUGUCCUGUCAUGAAUGUAACCAAAGUGUAAAA